UCCCCCGUCCCUCCCUAGCUCUCUCACCCUGGUUCUCCUCCAGGCUCUCCCGUGCUUGGGGACCCGCCCCUUUCUCCUCUCACUCAGUGCACUUCUCCCUCCGGGGUGGCAUUAAGGAUGAUGGAGGGCUGCCUGGGAGAAGAGUCUGUCCAGAUGUGGGAGCUCAAUCGGAGGUUGGAGGCCUAUUUGUCCCGGGUCAAGUCUCUGGAGGAACAAAACGAGAGGCUUCGGCUGGAGAUUGGGAGCCUCCGGGAGUUACCUGGAGAGCCGUCCUGGAGAAGCCGGGCCGAGGACGAGCUGAAUGCUCUGCGGACUCUGCUGGACCAGCGCUGGAGCGAGAAGCACGCUGCCGAAGUGGCCAGGGACAACCUUCUGGAGGAGGUAGAAGGGGUGGCGAGCCGAUGCCAGCAGCAGCGCUUAGCCCGGGAGCGGGCUAAGGAGCAGAUGGCCGAGAGCCGCCGGGUGCUGGAGGCCGAGAAGUGGGCGGGGGUGUGUCUGGGGAACCAGGCGGCGGAGCUGGAGAAGGAGCUCGAGGCUUUAGUGGCUGCACAUGAGCAGGAGCGAGCGGGAAUGAGCGCCCAGGUGGCCCGCUCCACUUUGGGCCUGGAGACCUUUCGCAGGGCUCCAGAUAAUGCCCCUGCACCCGACGUGCAGGACCUCGCCCGCACGUUCGGGGAAGCCUGGAGGGGUGCGGUGGAAGGCUACCAGGCCCGUGUGGCCUGCAUGGAAGCCUCCCUGGGACAGGCCCGGGAGAGGCUGGGCCAGGCGAUGCAAGGGACCCGAGAGGGACAACGAGAGGUGCAGCGGCUGGACGUGGAGAGGGAAGCGCUCCAGAGCCGGCGAGAGAUGCUGGAGCAGAGGCUGGAAGGCCAGUGGCAGGAGCAACAGGAGGCAGGGGAGAAGUUCCAGUUGGCUGUGGAGGCCCUGGAGCAGGAGAAACAGGAUCUUCACAACCAGAUUGCUCAGGUCCUGGAAGAUCGACAACAGCUGAUGCACCUGAAAAUGUCUCUUAGCCUAGAAGUGGCCACAUAUAGAACCCUCCUGGAGGCUGAGAGUUCCCGGUUGCAUACAUCCAAUGUAGACUCAAAGGCCACUGUCAUCUUUCCUGACCCUAAAAUGGAGUUGUGUCUUCCCGUGACACCUGAGAUCCGACGUCCAGGGCCCCGGCCUCCUGUCCUGAGCCCCACAUUCCUUCCUGUAGUGGAUACACUUAGGACCCCAAUACCCACAUUUCUGAAGAGUCAAGGAUUCCUCCCAACCCAGACACCCACCUUGGCCAGCACCCCCAUCCCAUCCAUUUCCCAUGCUCACCACUCAGGCACUAGGAGGGAAGUCCAAGCCCAGGUGGCACCCUCCUACCUUCUCCAGGGACCAUCUUUUGAUGGACCCAAGCCAAAGGAUAGUGAGCACCUGGCUGCUCCAAAGAUCCCAUGGGCCAAAGCAAAGGUAGGCAUUGGAGUGGGGAGUAGCCCGGGGCCUGAAGAGCCAGGGGUUGAGGAACAACAGGUCCCCAGUUUUCCUUGUCCAGAUGAGCUAAUGGAACAAGCUGAGGAUGGAAAAAUUGUCUUAGCAACUGACUCUAGCAUUGACCCCAUGAAGGCCAAAGAUGGGGAAGAAGAAAAUGAGAAGCUCAGUGGCUUCAUUAGUCCCCAGCCCUCAGCUCCAGAGCCUAGUAAAUACCAAAAGAAGGAGGAAAAAGAAAUCCAGGGGGUGGCAGAGGAGGAAGAAGAAGCUAAAGAGACAAUAGCAAAGAAUUUGGAAGGAGAGGCAUGGCAAAAAGGAGGGGUCCUAGACAGGGAGGAGAUCCAGGAAACCCUGAGGCUGCCAGGUGAGAUCCAGAAAACACCUGAGAUUUCAGAUGAGAAGUUUCAGGAGACACUCAGGAUUCUGGGUGGAGAGAUGGAGAAGACCCUGAAUCUGCCAGGUGAAGAGAUCCAGGAGACCCAGAAACUUCCAAGUGAGGAAUUCCAGGAGACCCAGAAUCUUCCAGGUGAGGAGAUCCAGGAGAUCCAUGAUUUGCCAGGUGGGGAGAUCCAGAAGCUGUCUAGUGAGGAGAUCCAGAAGCUAUCCAGUGAGGAGAUCCAGAAGCUGUCCAGUGAGGAGAUCCAGAAGCUGUCCAGUGAGGAAUUCCAGGAGAUGCAGGUUCUUCUAAGUGAGGAGAUCCAGGGGAUGCAGGUUCUUCCAGAUGACAUCCAGGAGAAUCUUCCACAUGAUGGGAACCAAGAAAUACUGAGUUUUCCAGAGCAGGAGAACCAAGAGAUACUGAAGUCUUCAGAAAAGGAGAUCCAAAAGACACUGAGGUCUCUAGAAGAGGAGAAUGAAGAGUUAUUGAGCUUUCCAAAAGAAGGCAGCCUGGAGAGAGAGGAGAAUCAGGAGACACUAGGUUUUCCAGAAGGGAAGAAACAGGAAAAAGUGAGUUCUCUAGAAGAAGGAGUCCCAGAGAGGAAGGAGAAUCUAGAGACUCUAGGAUCUCCAGAAGACAACCAGGAGAUAUCGAGCUCUUCAGAAGAAGACCUGGAGAUGGAGGACAACCAGGAGACACUAGAACCUCCAGAAGAAGAAAAGCAGGAGAUAUUGAAGGCUCUGAAAGAGGAAAUCCAGGAGACACUGUGUUUUUCAGAAGGAAACCAGCAGAGGGGGGAGAUGAAAGAAAUAGUAGGUUGGCCAGAAAAGGGAAUGCAGGAGAUAUUAAGGUCUCUGGAAGAAGGUAACUUGGAGAUGGAAGAAAACCAAGAGAUUCCAGAAGAGGGAAAAGGAGACUUGGAGAGGAAGGAGAAGGAGGAAAUGUUGCAGUCUCUGGAAGUGGAAAAGCUAGAUCUCCCAAAACCAGAGGAUGUGGCUAGGGUGGACCAGGAGCACUCUAGUGGGGAAGAGGAAAAAAUCCUGUGUGAGGUGGGAAAGGAUCACGAGGAAAGUGCAAAGCAGAAACCAGGAGAACAAAGUGGCCUUGAAGGGAACUUGGAGGUUGUGGAGGAGACAAGACUGAAGUAUGGUGGCCCUGGUGAGUCCUGGCAUGCUGGAGAAGAGGAGAUGGGGAGCCAGGAGUCUGAAGAGCAGAGAUUCCCAACAAAGGAAAAAAUUGAGGAGGGGAUGACCGAAGGCCCCCAGGUGGAGUUCAGGGAGGUAGAGUCACUGGAACUUGGAGCAGUGAUGGAGCAGAUGUUAGAGGAGGAUGGAGCCUUCAGGGAAAAUGAUGGUGUAACUGCAGGGGAUGAUGGAUCCAGUGCAGGACUAAAGUCAUCAGAGGGAGAAGAGGUAAGAAGCCAAGAACAGCUGGGAAAGGAGGCAUCAGAAUCAGAGAAUUGGGAAGAGGGGCCAUCAGAGCCACACUACAGGGAAGUGAUUUUAGAGGUUUCAGGGGAGCAGAUCGAGAGACAGACUAAAAAGGAUGUGCAGGAAACAGAUGAACUGAACCAGCAGCCUAACAAUGUGCAUAUGGAGAAUGGAACUCAUCCCAAGUUGGAGGCCCCAGAGAUACUGAAGGAACUAGAGCAGGGGAAGUCUUUGGCAACGGGGGAGGACCCCAGACCCUCUUCAGACUCCCACUCUGCAGAAACCACAAUCGGCAUUACUGCUGACGACCAGGGUACUACCACUCAGUCUGGUCUCAUGGGCCAGGAAGGACCCCAAGAGGAAACAAAAGAAGAAGGUGCCUCUGAAAAUAGCCAGAGCCCCCAAGUUGAGGUUGACCCAGAGCAAAUGCUACAGACCUCCAGCUCACUUCCCAAAGACCCCCUGGUGUCCCCUUUUAGGGCUGAGGGCCACCAAGAAUUAUGGGAAAGCUGGAAAACAGAGGAGACAAGGGCCAGUGAGGAACCAGUCAGGGAAAUAGGGAAGGUUGAUGUUCAAGACAGCUCAGCAGUCUUCCAAGAGGACGUGGAGGAAAGUGAGGAGGAUGAUCUGAGUGAGACUCUUCCAGACUCCACACCCUUGGGCCUUUACUCUAGGGACCCAGACUCAUCUAGUUGGGGGAUGAUGGGAAAGGAUCAUCCCUCUCCUCAAGAGGAGCAUAAUGGUGAUGCCUGGAACCCCCCAACCAGGCAUGCGGAGGCCAGUAAUGCUCAGGUUAGUGAGGGAGAGGAGGAUGAGGAGGGGGCUUCCGACUCUGAAGUGUCUGAAGAGUUUGAGGACCUUGCUGCUGAUGCUUCCCUCUUACCUGGAGGUUCUGGAGAACUAGUGGAGACUGUGGGGCAUGGUUCAGAAUUGGUGCUAGAUCCCCCCACCUGGGAUCGGGAUGGAGAGUCUGAUGGAUUUGCAGAUGAAGAAGAAAGUGGGGAGGAGGAAGAGGACGGUGACAAUGAUGAUGACGAUGACGACGACAAUGAUGGGAGAGGUGAGGGGAUUAGGCAUUGGAAGCUGGGUCUCUCUUCGGGAAGUCCAGUGAGCUACCAUCAGGAAGAGGAACUCAAGGAGGAUGGGGACAGAAAUGCUGAUGCCUCCUCAGAUGUUGGAGAGACGGAGGGAGCAGAGAAUCCUUCUCCCACAGUUCUGGAGGUUGAGAAAGAGAUAGAGCCCUCAGGCAGACCAAAGUCCCUGGACAGCGACAUACAAUCCAACUCUGAAGAAGAGCAUUCUCACCAAACUGAAGACAGGGGAGACUCAGACCUGGAGGAGGAGCUGGAGGUACCCCUGCCACACAAUCAGAGGCUCUUAGGAGUGAGUGACCUGACCCCCUUGGAUAAGGAGGACCGAGCCUCAGAUGCUGACCUGAUUGAGAUACCCUGCAGAGUGGAUGAAAGUGUCGGGAAGUCUGGGUCUAGCCUCAAUGGUGGGGGUCCCAGUCUGGACCAUCCAGAUGACAUCAGGGGAGAAAUACUGAAUGGGUUGGGGAAGCUUGAGGAAGCAGGCCAGGGGAAGCUAUGGGCCCUGGAGAGAGAGGGAGGGGAAGGGAAGGCCGCUGGGGAGGAGCUCUCCUCCCAGACCCUAUGGAGUGGGGGUCCCCUCAUCCUGGAGCAGAGACCAUUCCUGAAGUUCACUCAGAGCAAGGAAGAGGAUGGAGAUUCCUGGUCCUCAGGGGAUGAGUAGAAAGGGGUCUCUCUUCUCUCUUCUAGCUCUGGGGAGGGGACAAGGGACAGAGGAAAUGGUAACCCCCCCCCAUUGCCCUCAAGCUUGGGAGUCUUAGUCUUGACACCACUCAUGACCUAACCAGUGUUUUGACCCCUAGGGUCAGGAGGUGGGUUGGAGAAAUAGGGUUUCCCCAGAAUGGAGGCUGUGGGGAAAAAAAAAAAGCAAUUCAGUUCCUUCCUCCCUCCCUUGGAAAAAUGGUAUAGGAGUACUUUCUUCCCUCUCCUCUUGGAGAUUUAGACCAGAUCUCCAUCACCACAGAGCUCUCUGGGGUUCUCACUGUGGUUAUCCCCUCACUCCCCAAAAGCUCUUUCUCAAAGAGCGGUGAUGAGGAGAGUUCUCUACUUUGGGUGCAGUGGAAGUAGAAGAGGCAUGGGGAGUGGGUGGGAAGUUAGGGGAUAGAGUGCUAACUUUUUGGAGCUAGUAGUGACAGUGGUUAUGGCUCUGCCUCUGCACAAU